AUGGUCUCCGUCAAGGAAGCCAUGGAAAUUCAGUACCAAGAGGAGAAGCCAGUGCUCAUCCCACAUAGCGAAGGCCAGAAGUAUCUCAAAUUGAGACCAACAUCCCAGCCAAUUGUUUGCCUUCUCUAUGGGGAACCGCCAAAGAGGAAUGCCAGUUUGUCACAGCUGGAGCCAUUGGGGCAAUUCAUUGAAGCCAGGAACCAAGAGAUCAAGAAAGUCCAAAGUGAAGAUCCAGAUGACCAUGGAAACAACCAUUUGUUUGACCAGCAGGAUCCAGAGCCACCAGCCAAGAAAAAAGAAUGGCUGCACCAACCCCAUGCGUGGUGA